GUCGAGGCCUCCGAACACUACAAUUCGUGAGCGGCGGUCCAACAAAUAAACCAGCUUGCCGGCCACAAUCCUUUUUUCCUAUUUCGUUCUCAAGCCCCUCAACUCGAAAUUUAAACAGCAUCCCUUCUUUUUUCCCGUUCUACUAAGCCCUGAUAUAUAGAUUGCCGUUUCCACUCUCCCGAUUUUGCUCCAGCGAGCUUCAGUACAAUCACGUCGCCUCCGUUACCGGCGAGGAUAUCGAGGCGAAUUCUGAAGUUAGCUUGCAUUGCUGGAAAUGAAGCUCCAAGCUUUGAGAAACCUUGAUGCAUUUCCUCGUGCGGAGGAGCAUUUACUCAAGAAAACACAAUCGGGUGGAGUUGUUUCAAUGAUUGGUCUAGCUGUCAUGGCCCUGUUGUUUAUUCAUGAGUUGAAGUACUAUCUGACAGUUGAAAAAGUGCAUCAGAUGUCUGUGGAUGUAAAGCGCGGAGAGACACUUCCAAUCAAUAUAAACAUGACAUUUCCUUCAUUGCCUUGUGAUGUUUUGAGUGUUGAUGCCAUUGACUUGUCUGGAAAACAUGAAGUAGACCUUGAUACAAAUAUUUGGAAGCUUCGCUUAAAUAAAGAUGGUCAAAUUAUUGGGACAGAGUACUUGUCUGAUCUAGUGGAAAAGGAACAUGAAACUCACAAGCAUGAUGAUAGUGGGGAGCACCAAAAUUCUUCUCAUCACAUGCACGAUCAUGCUUUUUUCAAGGACAGUGAUAAAGUGGUCAAGGAUGUGAAGCGGGCACUGGAAAAUGGUGAAGGAUGUCGGGUAUAUGGAGUCCUUGACGUCCAAAGAGUGGCGGGAAACUUUCAUAUUUCUGUUCAUGGAUUGAGUCUUUUUGUCGCACAGCAGAUAUUUGAGGGAUCAAGUCGUGUCAAUGUAAGCCAUGUAAUUCACGAUCUGUCUUUUGGUCCAAAGUAUCCUGGGAUUCAGAACCCUCUUGAUGGUACUAAACGCGUUCUUGUUGAUACAAGUGGCACGUUCAGAUAUUAUAUUAAGAUUGUUCCUACUGAAUACCGUUACCUUUCAAAAGAAGUUAUCCCGACAAAUCAGUUCUCUGUUUCAGAAUAUUUUGCUCCAAUGCUUGAACCCGCUCGAACAUGGCCAGCUGUUUACUUUUUGUAUGAUCUGUCACCAAUCACUGUAACAAUUACAGAAGUGCGGCAUAGUUUUCUUCACUUCAUAACACGGCUUUGUGCAGUUCUUGGUGGUACAUUCGCUAUGACAGGAAUGCUUGACCGAUGGAUGUAUAGGUUCCUUGAAGCAGUAACCAGAUCAAGUGCUGGAAGCGUGCUUCGGUGAUUUGUUGUACUGCUAACAUUGAACUGCAUAUAUAGUUAGACACACAGGCACAUUGCUUCUGGAAAUUUUGUGGAGAUCUUGAUUGUGUUUUACAUGCCUCUGGUAGAGAAAAACUGAUUAUCUGGUUCAUGAUCUUGGUAUUUGUCUGAGGAUCUAAAUGUGUUUUGUUUCUACCUUUUGUUAGAUAUUGUAUGACUUGGAGACUGUAUAAAGUUUACUUGGCAGCCU